AUGCUAGAUGGGUUUUGUAUUGGAAGCAUGGGACAGCAAAAGUUUGGUUUACGUCGUCCAAUCCUUCGUGGAAGAAUAGUACUAGAGGACGAUGAGGAACCUUUGUGCAAUUUAUCCGGAAGUCUGCUUGAGGAAAAUAUUCAUUUAGAAACAAGAAUCCAGACAGGUAACCGAGAAAACUUGUUACUGAAAAGAGAGACAGUACGAAGAAUGCAACGUGAGGCUCGUCAGAAACGACCAAAUUUCAAUAUUGUCACUGAUAUUCCACCUACGCUUGACUUCGAAUUUCCAACAUUUAUUUCAUGGCUAUCAGGUGAUUUUGUUUUACUAAACAUGGAGUUUUAUCUAAGUUCAGCGCUUAGCAGUGGUUCCCUUGCAUCUCCCGAAUCUUUUCACAUAACUAGUAAGGACAUUUUAAGUAAUACGGAUGACAGUCAACUGAAUUCCCCAAUCAGUGCGAAAAACACCGCACAUCCUCGUUUACUGCAAGUUGAAUUUGAGAAAUUGUUAGUCGAGGAGUCGCGGAGGAAAACGCCUACCGAAGAAACACCGUGUAGAGCAGCAAGCAUCGUUGACGAUGAUGCAGAUGAAGGAAUAAGGACUUUUGAAAAUAGUGGACGAGUGUCGAGUGUUGGUUCCAAGUGCGCUAAUCGAACGAAAAUGCGUACACUUCUCUUUCAAAAAGAAACUGCUUAUUUACAAAGAAAAUAUGACUUAAAUGAAGUUAAUGAGGAAAAGACAAAGUCGUAUGGUACUCCAUCGUGUUUUCAAAGUGUUACGGUUCCGGAUGAGAAGGUCGACGAAAGGCCUAGUAUUGUUCGCGAGAAGGAAGUGAGCAGUAAGCAGGAUUUACUUACGGGUUCGACGACGGGAUCUGUAGACAAUCGCUGUGACACUGCUUUGGUGAUAGGAAAGCAGCGAAAGUCACCGUUGGAAGCAACGACGUCUUAUCUCAGUGGAGGAGCAGUACCACUGAUGAGGCAGCCAAACUCAACCCUUACGAUAAGUAAUGACUCUCUUAUACAAAAAUCAGGAUCAAACAAUACACGAGAUCGUUUACUUAGCGCGUUAAACGUUGGCAUGGAUGAAAAUCAUUUGAAAGCAGCUCCUAAAACCCUCUUGUCGUUCAAGACGCCUCAACGUACUUUACACUUUCCUGGUAAUGGGCGAAAAGGACUGGACCACUCAAUGACAACGGUUAAGUUUAAAACUGAUGUUAGCCAAAAUGUGAAUACUUCUAAAGGUUCGGUCACGGAUACGAGUUCCGAUUCUCCAAGUACAAAUAGGGGAAAAAGUAAGAUGAUUGUCUUAGGCUCCUGUGAACAAAAGCGCAAAACCAAGAGCGCUGUUUCGCUGCGAGAUGGAAUUUCAAAUAGGAAGGGAGUGGGGAAGCAGAAAUUGGCAUCAGAUAACAGGAAGGAUAGUGCUGAUAAGGAAAAUUACUUGAGUGCCAACGGUGAAGUCUCUCUGAAACCCGAAAACGGAUUAGAAAGUGAAGAUUUUAUAGAGGCACUGGAGUCAUCCACAAGGAAUUUGAGUAUUUCUAAGCAGUUGGAACAAGUGCAAGAGACCAAUAGCGAAGGUUCCGGUACGCAUGCAGAACUUCCUGGCUGUAACCAGUUGAUCAGCGGGACUCCUUCGAACAAUCUCAGACCAGCUGGAUUUAUUAGCGGGCUUGACAUCUCAAUGGUUACUACAGGAACUCCAGGACAAGACAACAUUUCCUUGCCAAUUGUUAAUUUUAAUUCAUCGCCUUCAUCUGUUCACAAUUCGGUGAUUUUUUCCGGCUCAAGCGUUUCUGCAGUUUCGAAAUUAUCGAAAGAUGGCAGUUCUGAUAAGCCAGUUCAUUUGAUUUCUAGGUUUAAAAAGAAGUCUACGCCGGAAUUAGUUCUGGUCAAGAGACGUAUAGUGCAUCCUGAGCCUACUGUUAAUGGUUGUAGACGUUCACAAAGGAACCGUGUCCGAACUCUCAGGAAGUGGUUAGGGGAAGAGCCGAUUUAUCGUAAAGGUGAUAGAGGAAGUCUGGAGUUGGUUGGAGUGACGGCGGUCAAAAUAAGUGAUCCUCUCCUUCGUAGGCAUAAAAGUGUGACUAUGGCUGGAGUUGUUGAAGACCAACUACGUAAAAAUAAGAUCAUGAAAGGCGAGUGUCAGAAGGGACGGCGGGUUAGAGUGGCAGCACAAAAGUAG